AUAAUUGCACCUCUCCCGAGACCCCCACUCCCCCAUUUCAAAUUCAAAUCCCCCCCUCCUUUUCUUCGGUACAAAAGCAAGAAAAGCCAAGGGAGAAACAAGAGACCCAGGAAAUGCAAGGCCUGAAGAAAUCCGGCUCGUCGUCUUCUUCCUCGUACAACUCCCUCUAUCUAAACCCGCGUUGCUCCGUCGGACAAGGAGAACGUGGCCCCACCGUGGUGGACCCCACAGGAUGCAAGUCCUUCAAGGCGGCGGCGGCGUCGGCGGCGGCGGGGUGGGGAGAAGGAAGAAGAGAAGAACCAAGCGCUGAAGCCCUGCCUGCCAGCUCGCAGCUCUGCAAUGAUAGCUCAAUGAGCCCGAGUCUCUCUUGGACCCGCCGACGACGAAGUGGGGCCGGAUCGGCGCCGUGUCGUCGUCCUCGGACAUGUGGGACUUCUCGGAUUCCGAGGCGGCGCCGGCUUCGUCCUGGUCUACUCUCCCCAACAGGUCGUUGCUGUGUAGGCCGCUACCAAUGGAUGUAGGGAGGUGUAGUUGCGUAAUUGUGAAGGAACGGGUGGAAGCUGUGAAGGGGGUGACGAUGUCUCUCUACUCUCUCUGUACCAAUGAGGGACACGGACGACAAGAUAGGAAGCUAGCAGUUGCUCGGCACAAAAGGCAAAAUGGUCGAUCCAAGUUUCUCGUAGCUCAGAAUCCUAGAGGACUGCUCUCCUCUCCUGAUGACAGCUUCUUGGGGACGAUAUCAGCAAAUCUCAUGGGUUCAAAGUUUCAGAUAUGGGAUCAGAGCAGAGCUCGUGAUUCGUUAAGAACUCAGCCAAAGAAACUUCUUGGUGUUGUUGCGUUUGUGCCCACAGUAACAACACUCACAGGGAGUUUCAGAAUCAUGAAGGUAUGGAUACCGAAACAACAAUCUAUGCAGUUAAAGAAUGCAAAUACUACUCAGAUCAACCACAUAAAUGGACUUCCAAAAGACUGGGAGAAGAAAGGGAACAAAGCUCAUCAACUCUUCUCAAGGGCACCACACUACAAUUAUGCUUCAAAGCACAACGAGCUAGAUUUCAGAGAGAGGGCAGGAAAGACAAUGCCCAAGAUUCAGACAUCGGUGAAGAAUUUCCAGCUAACGAUGGAGGAGAAAGGUAAACAAACACUUCUGCAGUUUGGGAAGAUUGGGAAGUCAAAGUAUGUGAUGGAUUAUAGAUAUCCUUUGACGGGUUAUCAAGCUUUCUGCAUUUGUUUGGCUUCCAUUGAUUCAAAGCUCUGCUGUUCAGUGUAGAAUUCUCCAUCCUUCAUUGUUCCACCUCUGUAACACAAACGAUUAUCUUGUAGAAUUCUCCAUCCUUCUACGUUCAACCUCUGAGCACAAAGGAUUAUCUCGUUUUGUUCUGUAUUAGCUCACUUUGGAAAGAUCACGACGACAGAAAUUGUUGUAACCUGUUAUGUAUAAUUCUAUAAGAAUUAACAGUAGCAAAGGCUGAAAGCUGGUUCUCGGCAGAUUUGAUUCCUACAA